AUGGAUUCUCCGACCGAUCUUCGCCUGAAGGCUUACCGUCUCAUUGCUUACUCGGCAGUCGGUUUCUCUGUGACUGCAGCAGUCGCAUUGUGUUUGACCCUUCCAUUAAUCUUCACUUAUGUUGAGAAUACGAAGACUCAACUCCAUCGUGAGUCUUUGUAUUGCAAAAACUCUGUGCAAGACAUGUGGUCUGAGAUCAACAACGACGUUGCUGUAAACAGAACGGCAAGACAGGCUGGAUACUCAUCUGGAGGUGGAGCUGAUGCUGGAGCAGCUGCUCCAGCAGGAGGCGGAUGCUCUGGAUGCUGCAAUCCUGGACCACCAGGUUCCGGAGGAGCACCAGGAAAGCCUGGAAAACCAGGAAAGCCAGGAGCACCGGGAGCACCAGGAGCCCCAGGAAAGGGAGCCGCUGCACCAUGUGAGGCUAAGACACCACCACCAUGCCAACCAUGCCCAGCCGGACCACCCGGACCACCAGGACCAGACGGACCAGCCGGAGAAGCCGGACCAGCAGGAGAAGCCGGAGCCCCAGCCGCACCAUCGCCACCAGGACCACCAGGACCACCCGGACCAGCAGGAGCCCCUGGAAACGAUGGAGCUGCCGGAUCACCAGGAGAGGAUGGACCAGCCGGAGAAAGCACCUACCCAGAGCCAGCCGCACCAGGACCAGCCGGACCACCAGGACCUGCAGGACCACCAGGACCAGACGGUGCCAGCCCAACUGCUGCACCAGGAGAGGCCGGACCAAAAGGACCACCAGGACCUGGAGGAGCUCCAGGAGCCGAUGGAAACCCAGGACCACCAGGACCAGCUGGAAAUCCAGGAGGCGAAGGAGAGAAGGGAAUCUGCCCCAAGUACUGCGCCAUCGAUGGAGGAAUCUUCUUCGAGGACGGAACUCGUCGUUAA